GACAAUUUGUGGGCAGAUCCUCAGGAGAAGAUAUACCAAUAUAUACCAAGAUAUACACCGGACUCAAUCUCCACACCUGGAGUACCCACAGACUGUUGACCUGUCAGAUCCUCUGUCUCACAUCUGGCUGCACAUCUGGACUCGUUGAGUCCCUCCGUGAUGGACCCGCUGGCCGUCCUAAAGCCGGAGGAGCUGCUGCGCUUCUUCCAUCGUCACAAAACAGAGAUGUCCUGCAUGAAGAACCCGGGCACGUUCCUCAGCCAACUGCGGGACCACGACCUGAUCCCAGAGGACAGGUACACGAAAGUGAGUCGCAUGAAGAAAAAAGAAAACAUGAGGAAAGCCCUGUAUGACCUGCUGGACUGGGUGGAGCGGGAGCGAUCCCAGCACAUCCGCCUUUUCUGGAGCUGUGUUUUCAAAGACACCAUCCUGAACGUCUACCCAACCCUGCGACGGCUGCAUAAAAGCCUCAUGGACGAUAAAAGGAAGGAGCUCUCUGAAGUUGAGGAGGAAGAGGAGAAGCAGGUGAACUCAGUGAAAAAGAAGAGGAAGCGGUCCACGAGGAGCAUGUUUGAGGAUGAUGAUAAGGAGCAGCAGCCCGGUCCUUCCUCUCAGCUGACUCCACGUCGGAGGAAAAAGCCAGAGAAAGUCAAUUCUCCUAUGAAGAAAGGAACGAAAAGGGACGUUCUGAUUUUGCCACUUCCUAGGACUCAGCUUCCUGUGACCUGUGGAUCCAAGAAGGGGAUUCUGAGCAGGGGGCGCCUGGCGAAAGGGGAGAAGUGCAUUAUGUCCCAGAAACAGUGGCUUACUCCCAGUGCAUUUGAGAAGUUUGCAGGGAAGGAAAGCUCAAGGAACUGGAAGAUAAGCAUUAAGUAUAAGGGUUACACCCUGGCAAGCUUAAUAAAGGACAGGCACCUGAAAUCCGCAACAUUCAAAAGAUGCCAUAAAACCAAAUCAAGACAGGCCAAGAGAUCCCUGAUUCCAUGUGAUGGUGCAACCACAGUGUCUAAGGAAGAUGAAGAGGAUGAUGAUGAUGAUGAUGAUGAUGAUGAUGAUGAUGAUGAUGAUGAUGAUGAUGAUGAUGAUGUUGAUGAUGAUGAUGAUGAUGAUGAAAAUGAGGAGGAUGAUCUGGAAACACAGAAGGACCGGGUUUCUGAUAGCAACAAAGACAAUUCUACAGACGUCACAGAUGAAGACGGAGCGACUGAGAACCAGCCGGAGCCAGAAGUGGGCAAAGUCUUCAAAGUGACAUGUGGAGGUGAAGCUGGGACUUUACACCAAAAACGAUUUGCAUCAGGGACUCGUGGAAAGUGUAUUCGAACAGAGAAGAGCUGGUUGACCCCCAAAGAGUUUUUAAAGGAGGCAUUAAGUCAGAAGAGCUGGAAGAAAGACAUUGUGUGUAAAGGAAAACCAAUCUGUGCUCUCAUAGAGGCUUCAGUCUUGAAGAUCCACUCCCCGCUGUGUGAGUGCAGUCGGUGCAGCCAAAAUAAAACAGAUCUGGAGGACCAGGAAAACGACGAUGAGUGCUGUGUGUGUAAAAGAGAGCAAGACCUGGUGCUGUGUGAUUCUUGCCCUUGUUCCUUCCACCAGAAAUGUCACCUCCCACAUGUAAAGGACAACCUUUUGAGGGACGACAGGCCGUGGAUGUGUACGUUCUGUGUAACCACUCAGCGGCAGUACGGUGAUAAGCUGAAAAUGACAGCAGCCCUCAAACACCAGAUCUCAGAACACAUACUGGAAUGUCAGUAUCUAGUCCUGCGUCUGUUCAGAGCUGAUGACCCUCGCCUCUAUUUGGAAAGUAACUCCACAUAUGUCCAGACUCCGAUGAGGCUGGAAAAAGUUACAGAGAAACUCCAGGGGAAAGAAUACGGAACGGUUGGAGAUUUUGUGUCUGACGUCAAACUCAUAUUCACCAACUGUGCCGUGUACAACCAUGCUAACCCUGAACUCCUCGCCCUGGGGGACAGACUGCAGCAGUUAUUUGACUCACAGUUCAAAGUCGUGUUUAACAUCGAUGAACAGAGCGGUGACUGAUGAGCAGGGAU